AUGGAGGGUCAGAAAAAUGACUGGACCAGUGCGCACGCCCAGUUAUGGACGUCAUUUAAAAAGGCGCAGCAAGAACAGGAGUCAUAUGAUGCCAAAGGGGACGUUGGUACUGGUGGAGUAGAGCAUACUGACUCAUUACUUAACUAUCACUAUCCGACUGAAAGUGAGCUGGCUUCAAUAAUAUUAAAUGAAGUCAGAAAACCAAUACGUUCUGAUGAACCAGUUUUUUCUGAGGAAUUAGAGGCACGCGUUAUUGAGGUAAUUGAAAGCAGUAGGACUGAACCCUUUGUUAGAGACCUGAUGACCAGUAUUAUUCAUUUAAAAAACUCUGCUGAAAAAGCAAGAGCGGAAGCAUUUUACAGAGGAGAAUCUCUGACAGAUGUUAUAAACAAAACAUUAUUUUAUUUGAAUGGAACCAAACCAUCUAAUUCUAAGGAUGGGGAUAGUUCCGUAGUUGAAACGGUCACAGAAAAUACGAAAGUUCUUGGAGAUAUAGAAACUAAUCUUUUGGCAAUUCUCAUACAAGUUGAGAAAUGCAUGGAGAUGACAAAAACCCUUGUAGAGAAGAAUUCUCUAGAUAAAAAAUUGUCUAAUGAAAGCUCGUUGCGAGAUAUGCUGAAUCUUUUGUAUUCAUCUAAUCAGGCUAAACGGAUUAGUGAAAAUGUUGAAAUGACUGAUAAAGACCAAGCACUUUGUCAAGUUAUGGAUAUACUUGGGGCAACACCUGGAAGUGAUCCCAGUCAAGCACCCAAACUAGCGCUUAAGCUUAUGAAUGAGUUAGAAAAGACGAAAAGAGAGAAGGAAACAAAUUCCGUACUUCUUCUUCAAUACGAAAGGGCAGUAAUGACCAAAUUUGCUUCAUGUGGUGUUGUAUUUCCUCCUACAGUGGAGCAAGAACGUGCUGCUCUAUGUUCGAAUGAAAAUCACAUUUCUCACUCCCAAAAUGACCGAUGGAUAAAAGAGGAUUUAAAAACUCUUAUUUCUGUUAUGAAUGAAGUUAAGAAGAGAUGUUUUUUAAAUGUAGUCCCCAAUUUCUUGCGUGAAGAACCUCUCGAAUCUUCAGCUGAGGCUGUUUUAGAACAUAUGCGUGCAACCCUGACGGGAGCCAGAGAUCUUCUUAUUACAAUGGCAAACGAAGAAAUGGAAGCAAAACAUAUUCUUACUGAAACGUUAGGGAAACUGAAAGGAAAUAAAUGUGAUGACAAAAUAUUACAAGUACCAUUCAAUGAAGAAAAAUCAUUCAUAGAGAUAGUAAAUGAGUUAAAAUACCAAGUAGAUCAUAAGUCUGGAGAACGCUUACUAGAGUCUUCAAUAGAAGAAAAAAAUAGGAGACAUUUAGAUACAAUCAUGAGGAUUGCUCGUUGGCUACCAGAAGAUGAUAAGGUGCAAAUUCUAGAAUUACAGAAAGAAGAAAAUGCUUUACUUGAUUACGUGGAAGGGGCAGUACGACGUUUAGUUGCAUUAUUAGCUACACAAGAUCCUGUUUCUCUUCAAAUAAAGAUGUUACAGUCCCAGUUAACGAAAUUAGCUGAAAGUUCUACUAAUGGAGAUACACAACCUCUUGAUAAAAAUGUUUUAUCAGGACUCAUGGAUACGGCAGAACAACUUCGUCUUUGGGCGAUGAAGGAAUGUGAAAAUUGUGUAACACGAGAGGAUGCCAUUAUUCGACAGAGUUUAUAUGAGUUAGCACAACUAAUUCCAACAGGAGUUGUCUCCAAUUCUUCUGGGGGUAACGCUCAAAUUGAUCCACCGGUAAACAACCUUAUUGAAAUGAUACGACUUUUAAAAAAGAGACAAGAACAAUGGAUUCAAGAGCAACAGAAGCAACAACUUUCUGGAGCACAAAGUCGUUUGGAAAAGGUUAGAAUAGAAGAAUUAGUCAAGGAACGCAGUAAACAGCUUAUUAGGAUUACUAAAGAGAUAUUACUGUCUCAAGGAAAUUCAACUGAAAUGGAAGAAUUACUGGGUGUUCUUUCUGCAGAGAUGUUAGAAGAACCUUCUGCUGAAACUGGUGCUGGUAUUCUUAAUAACGGUAAUGGAAUUACAGUAUCUUCUCUCACUGCUAUUUUUGACGAUCUUGAAGAGCGAUUGAAAGUUAUAAAAACACGUUAUCAUCGUCUGUUUCAGUCAUUUGGGGCUAAUAAGGUUCGUCUCGAAAAUUUGAUUCAAUCCAGCAACAUUCACAAUAAACGCUGGAUGCGUAUCUGUAACACCGUCAAGAUGAUCUGUCGAACAGUGGGUCUUGAACAAACAGCUCUUCAUCUUGAGGCAAACACUAAGACGGAAGUAGUGUCGUCUACGUCGAAGUUUGUGCUGCGCCCUGAACAGCGAAAGACACAUGUCACACAACCUGUUAAUGAUGGUGACAUUUUAGAAGCUCUAAAACUUGUAGAGGAGCGACUAAAGGAUGAUAAAGCGCUUACUGAACGUGCAGUGCAGAAGUCAGAGAUACUUCGCUUGCAAGAAGAAGAACAACAGUGGCAUGAGGAGACAGAGACUUUUCGUCAAGCUUUACAGAUGAUUCUGCAACGACUGGCUGAAGCAGGAAGACGUGUCAAGCGUACUUUGUAUAUGCUCGGUACUGAUGAGAAUGCCGAAGACGAGGUAGUAGAAAGUGUCAUUGGAUGUCAAUGGCAAAGCAAAGAUGAUAAUGAGAAAAAGGAAGAAAAAGAGGAUGAUUGUAUCCGACAAAAGCCUCAUGAUCAAGUACAAGAGCAGAAGGAAGAAAAACCAAAACUAUCUCAAGAGGCGAGUGAAGAGUCAUUAGCGGUGCUUCUGCAAAAAUUUGGUAGGUGGGCUGUUCGACUGCAGGAGGCCACAGAGGAUCAUUUAUACACGCAACAAAAACUAAUAAAAUAUUUUGCUGCAGUCCAUCGUUUUUUCUGUACAGCAGAUAACGCUGAGCAAACCAUUACCGAUGAGAAUCUCUUAGACAUUGAUGCAGCGCUUAUGCGUUUUGCAGAUGGCAUUUUGCCAGUUCUCGAUCGGGCCAUUGGCGUUGCCCAGUCAUCCACUUCCAAGGACAACAAAAAUACUUCUUGUGGUUCCCGCACUGCGGCACUAUCUCUGUUAUUAAAGGAUGCACCGACAGAUCGUGUGUUACCAACAGAUCACCGACUUCUUCGUCUGUACGAGUCAGUAGGAAAGCUGCGUACUAUGGUGGCUGCUUUGUUAAGCGUACGUUAUUUAUCAAUCCCAUCAUCUACCCGACGACGUGGGGGUGAUGCACCAGAUGAAUUGAUAUUUGAGGAUGUAUGGGGUGAAACUUAUGUUGAUUUAGACGUUGGUAGUCUAAAAGAUAUUUCCAACAACGAGUCUGGGGGUGAUAAGGCGUUACAUAUAAGCGAUGACGUACUUUUUCGGGCUCUGGAGAAAAACAUUUCAAGUGUUUACCAUGCAUUAGGUAAGUUCAGUACCAACUAUAAACUUGCUGCAAUUCUUCUGCAGAAGGAUACGGAAAUGAUUCAACAAUUUAUCGCCACUAUGCUUGAACCAUAUAUAGGGUUAGAUGUAGAUCGAGCCUUUAAUCAAGACCCAGCAGCAUUGAGUGAAAUUUAUGUAUUGCUUAAAGAACGAUCUACCCGACAGCGAGGGUGUUACUUCUUCAACCGUGUUGGUGGUGAGGGACCGUGUGUAUGGGCAGUAGGGUUAGAACAAUUAAGUGUUGGUUUUGUUGGUAUUCUUGAAAAACUACGAAAGCGUACCCAGACAGCAGUAGAUUUGCGCGAACUUAUUGAUGACGUGGUUGACCUCUGCGCGAUGUAUGUUAAUUGGGUAGAAGUGAAUGGGACUGCUAUCACGUCCUCCCAUCCGUUUCCACAGGUUGUGAUAGAUUCCUGCUUGCGUGAAGAUGAAGAGGAGAAUGAAGAAGAAGAAGAGGAUGAAGAUGGUGCGGUGGUAGAUAACCAAAAGGAACAGAAACAGGGAAGAAAACAACGGAGUGACUCGUCGCAAAAACCGCCAUUAUUACCGGGUCACCAUCGGGCAAAGAUUUCACAUUUUGAUAAGGAUGAAAUUGUUCUGAAAAUCAUUGCUCACAUGUUUCAGGUUACACAAGAUGUCGCCAACUUCAACAAAAAGGCUGGAGAAUUACAACAGCAACAACAACAACAACAACAACAAAUGGAGGAGGAGUUACAGUUGCUGCGAGAAACGGCUGUGGUUGCGGAACAACGCACAAAGGCAGCACUAGAAGAAUGCCAGCGAAUAGAAGAGGGGAGGGAUAAGGCGCUUUCAGAAGCCGCCGUCUCACGAGCGGAAUUACGCCGUUGGAAGCGUCUCCAUGACAUUGCUGAAGAUCAGACACCACCCUCAUGGCAGAAGCAAGAAGAAAAUCAGAAUAUAUGUACCACAACGCAUGAGAUAGUUGUACCUGCUACUCUCGCGAAACCCUUACCAUUGUUGUCAUCAUCGUUGCCAGAGACAGCAGGUUCGUUGCUUAACGGUUUAGAUGCAAAGGAUACACUUCUCCUGCAAGUAGCACAAUCCAUGGUGGAGCUAACGGCGGAGUUGCGUGGAGCAUAUCAAAGAUCUGUCGUUCCACCAACACCUGCUCCCGCCGCUGGUACUGAAACAACAACAGCAACAGCAACUGGUAUUGAAAACACCUUUGAAGUACCUUGUGCCGCGCAAAGUGACCAACGUGGGAGCAAGACAAAAACACAUCUACGGCAUGAGUCAUCACUACGCAGUUCAGGGCUUGUACGGUCACCAAAGGAGUGCGGUGAUGUUGGCUCAGCCCGUGGAAGCGUCUCACCUAGAUCGACGGGAUCGUCUCCACUACCGCCGAGCACACAGGAGAGUCAUUCGCAAACUGAUGUUGAAUUAGGACAACAAAGCCAGGCCCGAGGACGACAACAACAACAACAACAUCAUCAUCAUCAUCAUCAUCAAGAACAAGAGCAACAACAACAACAGGAACAACUCGAAAAGAAACGUGAACGUCAUUCAGUUCCGCGCGCCGCCGUUGUGGUGACGCCGGCGUGUACUACGUACUCAUCACUGGGACGUGUCACAGGGAGCGCUCCACGUGUGCCGUCAGCGUUGCGUUAUCAGCCGUGUGACCAUCGUGGGGAAUUUUUCAAUGAGUGUGAUGUGUGCAGCAGACGGCAUCGCUCCAGUCGCCCAACCACAAACGAAUCUACUAGGGCAAUGCAGAUGGAAAGGCUUACACAGUCUUCUUCGCGUUCGCGUUCUCCUAGACAUGGGGUUUCUGCACAUUCGUCUCGCUCUCGUUCCAGUGUAACAGGGGCCUCACCACCGUAUGUGCGAUAUGUGGGGCGGACAAGCACCUCACGCGAUGGAAGUCAAAGUAACUACCACCACCGUGUACAGCAAACACAACGACAACAACAUGGUCCUCUGACAGGAGCGUCUUCAAAAAUGAUCUCUCCGUCAUACACUGAAAGAGAAGAUGCUAGGAGUUCCACUGCAGUACAUGAGCACCGAUAUCUAGCAACCACUCCUCAUCAUCAUCAUAAUAAUAAAAGAACGGAUCCAUCGUCACGUGCAUCAGUGCCACAAACUCCAAGUACUUCCACUGUACUUUCGCCGGAGAGUGUCGACUCUGCUUCGGAGGCUUGGAAUGAGCAGGAACGACGACAACAACACCAACAACAGAAAAAAAUUUAUGGUCGCUCACUCUCGCGCUCAUCGAAAGGACGACAAGAAAGUGAAGGCGUCGACUUAGGGGCUUCCUUUGAUUUGGUAAGUCAACACACGGGCCCGACGAGGUCACCAACACCACCCUCUAUGUACCGUAACAUGCAACCACUUCAUCAAAAACAGAAGCAUCUACAGAGUUCGGCAACCCCUACUCGUCGUUCAAAAAUAGUCCACAACCCCAAUCUGGGGUCUGGGGCACUUAGAAAAUUAGCGGACAUCGUUGCAAAAACAAAGAUUGCAGGUAGAGAGGAAUUGUAG